GAUUAUACGGUCGGAUGGGUCUGUGCUUUACCAGAGGAGCAAUUAGCGGCGAUUUAUAUGCUUGACCACAGGCACGAGGAUCUUCCAAACCCGGGAGACGAUGACAAUACAUACGUCCUUGGAAGUAUUAGCGGGCACAACGUUGUUAUUGCUUGCCCGCUUAUGAGCGGAACUGGUAAAGUUGAUGCAAGAACAACUACUCAAAUGAUGUCUACGUUCCCCAUUAUCAAGGUCUGUCUAAUGGUAGGAACCGGCAGCGGUAUUCCUCGAGAAGUGCGAUUAGGAGAUGUAGUUGUCAGCUGCGCUCAAGAUGGGUAUCCUGCAGUUCUUCAAUGGGAUAUGGAGAAAGACGAACCAUUGGAACGUCCAGGCCGUUCAACUGAUCUUCCCAGAGCAUUGUUGAGAGCCUUGUCCAAGUUUCAAAUUGAUCCACGUUCCCUUCAACUAAUAAACAGUUAUGUCAACGAUGUUGAAUAUCGAGAUGCCGUGCCAAGAAAUUUUGUCAAAUCCUACUUGCCUGAGGAUCUGCUUUUCAAGCCAGGCUACAACCACGUUAGCAGGAUCCCUGAUUCAUAUGACACGGGAAGUGAAGAGGAUGACUGUCAGCUUUGUGACAAAUUGAUGCUCGUCGACAGGGGACCGAGAAGGCUCAACGUUAAAAUUCAUUACGGUCUUAUUGCAUCGAGUAAUCGAGACAACAGAAAUGUCAACUUUCGCGAGAAACUCAGAGAAUUUAGCGAAGAUAUUCUUGGCGUCGGCAUGGAGGCUGCAGAUUUAAUAAACGCUUUACCCUGUUUCACUAUCAUGGGUAUUUGCGAUUACGCAGACUCGCAUAAGAAUAAGGCAUGGCAAGAAUAUGCUGCAGUUACAGCUGCGGCAUGCGCGAAAGCAUUUCUUACGGUACUAUCAGUGGACGACGUCGAUAAAAUGGAGGUAAUUGAAGACAUUAUCCCACUGGAUAUUGUGGAUAAU